AGCACAAGCAAAGCGACAAUAAAUUGGCUUUGCGUUUGUAAACGAAAGCUGUUGCAUCGUGUAUUUCGUUAGGAAAUAAAAUCGAAGAGGAACACGCGAUAGAUGUUCCUGUAGCACAAACGUCCAAAUUUAGCGCUACAGCUAUUAACGUUUGAGCGGCAUCGCUAGUCAUGGUUCGGAGUAGUGACAAGGACAGGCAUCACAGACGACGGUCGAGAUCGAGAUCGAGAUCUCGGUCGGCCACACCGGAAAAGAAACGGCGACGGUCUAGGAGCAGAGAUAGAGACAGGGAUCGAGACAAGGGACGACAUCGGGAAAGAAGAAGUCGAUCUAGGGACAGGGACAGGGACAGGGGCGACAGAAGGGAACGCUCUGAAAGAGACAGGGAUCGCGACAGGAAACGUGGAGACAGUAAAGAAAAGCGUCUUACAGGCUCAAAGUCUUCACGUUCAGGCAAAGAUCGCUCGAACAGAUCUCGAUCCAGAGAGCGCAAGGAGAAGGAGAAGGGUGACAGUGAUGAGUUGCCGUUUGAUCACACUAAAUUGGACAAGGAGGAAGAACAGAAAAGAUUGGAAUUGGAAAUGCAAAAGAGAAGAGAAAGAAUAGAAAGGUGGAGAGCAGAAAGGAAAAAGAAAGAGCUGGAAGCCACAAAGAAAGACGGUAAGGCAUCCAUUUUAGCAAAUCUUCAGCUGCCUAUGAAAAAAUGGUCCCUCGAAGACGAUAGUGACGAAGAGACUCCCGUUGUUCAGAACAGCAACAAGGAAGUUAAAGAAGAAGGAGACGCGAAAGAGGAAAUCGAGGAAGUUAAGGAAGAAGCUAAGGAUGACGAGGAGGAAGUUGAUCCCCUGGACGCCUUCAUGGCAGAGGUUCAAGAAGAAGUUCGGAAGGUGAACAAACUGGACAAUAAAGGCGCAAAGAGUGCGAACAACGGAACAGGCACCGGAGGCACUCAGAGUGGAGGCGUAGUCAUAGUAACUGGUGUGGCCAAAAAGAAGGUGCAGAAACAGAAAGGCGAAUUGAUUGAACAGAAUCAAGAUGGUUUGGAAUAUUCCAGUGAAGAAGAAGGAGAGAAUUUGCACGAGACGGCCGCCGGAAUCGCGAACAAGCAGAAAAGGGAGCUAGCUAAAGUCGAUCAUGCGACGACCGAGUACCAACCAUUUAGAAAAUCAUUUUACGUCGAAGUACCUGAGAUAGCGAGAAUGACGCCGGAAGAAGUGGAAGCGUAUAAGGAGGAGCUAGAGGGCAUCCGCGUGAAAGGAAAGGGUUGUCCGAAACCUAUUAAAUCCUGGGCACAGUGUGGCGUGACGAAGAAGGAGCUGGAAGUGCUGAAGAAGCUGGGCUAUGAAAAGCCAACACCAAUUCAGUGCCAAGCUAUACCUGCGAUUAUGUCUGGCCGCGAUUUGAUAGGUAUAGCGAAGACUGGGAGCGGGAAGACAUUAGCUUUUCUACUACCAAUGUUUAGACACAUUCUUGACCAACCCCCGCUGGCAGACGGCGAUGGUCCAAUCGCGUUGAUCAUGACUCCCACUAGGGAACUGUGCAUGCAGAUCGGCAGAGAUUCGAAGAAAUUCACCAAGUCUUUAGGCUUAUCCCAUGUCUGCGUCUAUGGUGGAACCGGGAUAUCCGAGCAAAUAGCGGAGCUGAAGAGGGGUGCAGAAAUAAUUGUCUGCACACCCGGUAGAAUGAUUGAUAUGCUCGCAGCGAACAGUGGCAGGGUAACGAACUUGCGUAGAGUGACUUACGUAGUACUUGACGAGGCUGACAGGAUGUUCGACAUGGGUUUUGAGCCGCAGGUGAUGAGAAUCAUGGAGAACGUUCGACCGGAUCGUCAAACUGUUCUCUUCAGCGCAACAUUCCCUAGACAGAUGGAAGCUCUGGCUAGAAGGAUUCUUACCAGACCCGUAGAAGUUCAAGUUGGAGGUCGGUCCAUCGUCUGCAAGGAUGUUGAGCAACACGUAGUUGUUUUGGAAGAGGAUCAGAAGUUCUACAAACUGCUGGAGAUUCUAGGACACUACCAGGAUAAGGGUUCCACUAUAAUAUUCGUGGAUAAACAGGAAAAUGCAGAUACUCUUCUGAAAGACCUCAUGAAAGCUUCCUACUCUUGCAUGUCUCUUCACGGUGGAAUCGAUCAAUGCGAUAGAGAUUCGACGAUAUUGGAUUUCAAGGCUGGUAGAACGAAACUGUUGGUUGCUACUUCCGUCGCUGCGAGGGGUUUAGACGUAAAGCAUCUUGUUCUCGUGGUAAACUAUGAUUGUCCCAAUCAUUAUGAGGAUUAUGUGCACAGAUGUGGGAGGACAGGAAGAGCUGGCAACAAGGGAUAUGCCUACACGUUCAUCACGCCAGAACAAGAACGUUACGCCGGCGACAUUUUACGUGCCCACGAAUUGGCUGGUGUUCCUGUACCAGAACCGUUGCGCCAACUCUGGGAAGGUUACAAGGCCAGACAAGCUGCUGACGGCAAGAAGGUGCACACAGGAGGCGGUUUCAGUGGCAAAGGCUUUAAGUUCGACGAAUCGGAAGCGGCGUUAGCAAACGAAAAGAAGAAGUUCCAGAAGGCAGCGUUAGGUUUGCAGGACUCUGACGACGAGGAUAUAGAAAAUGAUAUAGACCAGCAGAUUGAGAGCAUGUUGGCACCGAAGAGAACCGUGAGGGAGAUCGCUAGGCCGUCUGCUACCAACAUCGCUGUCCCUGGUCAGCCAGUGCCUAGUGCAACUGACAAAUUGGAACUAGCCAGACGAUUGGCGUCCAAGAUCAACAUAGCCAAGAACUUGGGUGCUGAAGCGAAGGGUGCGACUCAACAAGCUGCCGAGGCUAUUCUGAAGGGAGCUGGGCCUACAAACCUUAUUACAGCAAAGACGGUCGCGGAGCAGUUGGCAGCCAAGCUGAACACCAAGUUGAACUAUCAGCCUAGAGAAGAGGACCUUGUGGAGAGCGACGCGGAGGCUGGCGAACAGACCUUCCGGAAGUACGAGGAGGAACUAGAGAUCAAUGAUUUCCCGCAGCAGGCUAGGUGGCGAGUGACCAGCAAGGAGGCUCUGGCGCAGAUCUCAGAAUAUUCUGAGGCUGGUCUGACGGUUAGGGGAACGUAUAUAGCCCCCGGCAAGGCUCCGCCGGAAGGAGAGCGAAAACUAUAUCUUGCUAUAGAGUCCACUAGUGAAUUAGCCGUCAGCAAGGCCAAGGCUGAGGUCUCGCGGCUUAUCAAGGAAGAAUUGAUCAAGCUACAGGCAUCGGGCGCCCACACCGGCUCCCGUGGUCGAUACAAAGUGUUGUAAAGAACCAUCCCUCGCUGUACAUGCUAACAUUACGCACUACAGUACUAUGAAUUCACUGGACUGCGUACGAGUAAAAUUAGAAAUUUAUUAUUAAACUUAUAAAUGACUACACAAACACUUUGUAUUUAACGGUACAAUAACGAAGUAUACUUAACAAUUACGGAAGAUAUCGAUCCUGUCAAUAAUUUUUCUGUGAGCGAUCCGAGUCUGCGAAGUUCACGAUUCUUUAGCCUCGGAUCGAGCGCGGUUCGCCGAUAGUACAGUGCGCGUUCGAUAAAUAGCCGUCGACUGCUUCCGAAAUGGGUUCGAUCGAAUAACCGCGAUGGUUAGAACUAGCUCGUAACACAGUGAUAAUUAUUUUACAGGUAGAUGAGCUUUGAAUAUUUUAGCACUGUUAGGACAUUUCCAUACCAUGAAGCAAACAAUUUUGUAACUGUUCAAGUAGGAAUACUUAUCGAAUGCUCACUGUAUUUCGAACCGCGUUGCUUGUAACGUUCGCCGGUGUAUUUUCUAUCGACUAUCUGCGAAGAAUACAGCGGGAGGCUCGGCGGGCACGUUGUUUGGUAACUUAAGUUAGGAGACUUUAUUUACAACCCGCAUGGCCGCCCACGCUUUUCAGGCGGCCAUCCUUUUGUACACGUUCCACCUGCUCCCAUUUCUUUGGCAAUAUUAAAAGAUCGAUGAAAAUACAACUA